AUGACGCGUCUUCUCGUGACAGCAUAUCUUCUCUAUUUAGCAACAGCACAACAAAUCGGCAAAAUCCCAGAAGUCCACCCAAAACUUCAAACAUGGAAAUGCAGCUCAACCACAGGCUGCGCUCCGCACGACACAUCCGUCGUUCUAGAUGCCCUCUCACACCCCUUACACGAAGUAGGUAAUAGCAGCGUCUCCUGCGGGAACUGGGAUACCGGCCUAAACCCCACGCUCUGCGCAACGGAGAAAUCCUGUGCAAGAAACUGCGUCCUAGAAGGAACGGACUAUGCUGCGCAUGGCGUGCAGACGGCGGGCGAUAGUCUUAUUCUGCAUCAGUACCUUACCAGCGAUGGGACGGUUACUGCUGUAUCGCCACGUGUGUAUUUGCUCGAUGAGAGCGGGACGAAGUACGAUAUGCUCCGGAUGUUGAAUCAGGAAAUCAGUUUUGAUGUUGACGUUUCUGGACUUGUGUGUGGGAUGAACGGUGCACUUUAUUUGGCUGAGAUGGAGGAGGGUGGGGGGAGAGGGGCUUUGAAUCCUGCUGGGGCGACUUAUGGUACUGGGUACUGCGAUGCGCAGUGUUCUGUUGAUCCGUGGAUUAAUGGAGUUGCGAAUGUUGGUGGGAAUGGGGCUUGUUGUAAUGAAAUGGAUCUUUGGGAGGCCAAUUCGUUGGCUACGGCUUUGACGCCGCAUGCGUGCAAUAUUACUGGGGUUUAUUCUUGUGAGGGGGAUCUGUGUGGAAGUGAUGGGGUUUGUGAUAAGUCUGGGUGUGGGUUCAAUCCUUAUGCGCUUGGGGAUCAUGAUUAUUAUGGGUAUAAGGACGUGGUGGAUACUUCGAGGCGGUUCACUGUUGUGACUCAGUUUGUGACGGAUGAUCAUACGACGAAGGGUGUUUUGAGUGAGAUCCGACGGUUGUAUGUGCAGGAUGACAAGGUUAUCCAAAAUGCCGUUGUGGAUGUGAAGGGAGUGGAAAUUGACUCUCUGACGGAGGAGUAUUGUUCGGAGUCUGCGAGUUAUUUUGAGGAUAUGGGUGGCCUGAAGCAAAUAGGCAAGGCACUUGGACGUGGAAUGGUUCUAAUCUUCAGUAUCUGGAAUGAUUCUGGUGCUUAUAUGAACUGGCUUGACAGUGGCAGUGCUGGUCCUUGUAACAGCACGGAGGGAAAUCCUACUCUGAUCCAGGCCCAACAUCCGAAAACUUCAGUGACGUUCUCAAACAUCAGAUGGGGAGAUAUCGAAUCAACGUUUACUCGAUGA